UGUUUGGAAAUAUUGGAAGUCAAAUCCUAUUUUUCGUAGUCCCUUCCAUAAGUUCUUACUUCUUUAAUGGCUAAAGAAGGAUUAAUGCAAAGACUCCAAUCGCGUUUCUCGCGAUUUCCUUAUUAAAUUCCAUACUUUUUCCUUCUUCUUUACUAACCGAAUAUGCUCUCAGUAUUCUGUCAUGAUUAUAAAUUAUACGAUAGGAGUCACGUACGUUGAGAUGUGAACCAACCUAGAAAAUACUGAUCAGAAAGUCUGCUUGUUUCUUUGAUCUAUAAAUAAGUAUGUAGUCUGCAGCGUUUUACAUUCAAUUCAAUUCCAUUACAUUUUCUCAUUUCUAGCAAGCCAUUUCUGUCACCCAUUCUCAUUUCUAUUACUUAAAUUUAAUUUCCAUUUGCAGAAAAUGAAUACCACAGCAGCUCAAUUUCCAUAUCCAUGGCAGCGUUGCAAAAUUAUUCACUUGGUGAGGCAUGGACAAGCUAUGCAUAACGUAGAAGGAGAUAAGAAUCGUGAAGCACUGUUGUCUCCUCACCUAUUUGAUGCAGAACUCUCCCCACUGGGCUUGCAGCAGGUUGGUAAACUGCGCAAGGAUGUUCAUGCUAGUGGGUUACUUGAUAAGAUUGAGUUAGUCGUCACGUCCCCUUUGUACAGGACCAUGCAAACAGCUAUUGGAGUUUUUGGUAGUGAAAGCCACGCAGAUGGAGGGAAUGAAGAUUUUUCUGCAAUAUCAGCUACCAAUUACCCCCAAAUUAUGGCAGUUGAGCUUUGUCGAGACCGCCUGGGGGUUCGUCCUUGUGAUAUGAGGAGAAGGGUCAGCGAGUGUCAGGCUCUUUUCCCUUCAAUUGAUUUUUCAAUGAUGGAUGGUGAAGAUGACAGUUUGUGGAAUCCGGACGUUCGAGAGCCCGAAGAGGAAGUUGCUGCACGGAUGGUCCUGUUUAUGAAAUGGCUGUGGACAAGGCCAGAGCAGGAGAUUGUUAUUGUUAGCCAUGGCAUAAUCCUGCAACAUAUUCUGAAUGUACUUGGAAAUGACUGUCAUCCAGCAGUUAGAUCAGCUUUAUGCAAACGCUUUGACAACUGUGAGCUUCGUUCGGUAGUCAUUGUGGAUAAAAGCCUGAUGGGAGCAGAUUCAACACUUUGAUCACCAAGGGAUGCCGUUGCAAAAGAGAAUGUGCUGAGAAAGGAAGUUUCCAACUAGUUGGACUCAGUGACCCCUCAAACAAUAAAUGGACUCACUGUUCAACUUUCGAGGAUUCUUUAAUCAAAUUUGUGUUAUUUUCUUUUUUCAUUUCAUAGGUAAUAUGACCCAUAGAAGUCUGGUUUCUAUAGUAAAAUAAUUGACUGAUAACAUGUUUUCUUUAUUCUUUAUACAAAUAACUAUGUACUUGUCAAAUUUAAUGUACACUUAUGU